UUUGUAAAAAAUAUUAAUAGAUCAAAAAUAGUUUAUGUUCGUAGUGCCGACUGAUGACGUCAAGAGUUCACUGGCUGUAUUGGCGCGAAACGUCAAAUUCAAUCGUAGCUCCAACUUUUAUUUAACGUUUUUUUUUUAAACUUCAUAACACCAACUAGCAUUACUAUUUUUGGUAACUAGCUACCUAAUGAAAUGGGCUCCAAGAUCAUCGCCGACGCUUUACAGUUUUCGAAAAUGCUUCGGUGAGUUCACGUUUUUUAAAUGUGUGGCUAGCUACUCUGUCUCCAGUUUGAUAUUCUUUACUUAGCUAGCUAGCUAACGUAACUAAGUUAACUAAACACUGAUUAGUGCCAGCAAAAGUUUAGUGGAGGAGGAAUAAUGGUCUGGGGCUGUUUUUCAUGGUUUGGGCUAGGCCCCUUAGUUCCAGUGAAGGGAAAUCUUAACGCUACAGUAUACAAUGACAUUCUAGGCGAUUAUGUGCUUCCAAGUUUGUGGCGACAGUGAAUAGUGUAUAAGAGGAAGACAGAGGAUGGAGAGAGAGUGGCCAGCGGAGAUGAAUGAAUUGAGCAAGAAAGGAACAGUGAAGACCGAGAUGUAUGUGUAAAUUAAUGUUAAUUCAUAGGCUCUGCUGUUAAUCCACUAUUCGUAUGUUAGCCUAUAUAUUAGGCCUAGCCUACUACAGUGAAUUUAGACGACAACCACCUGUGCAAUGCAAGCCAGAGACAAAACUCUAUCAUACUAUCCAGGUCUGUGCCCAAACAGUUUGAGCUUCUACUUCUAAAAAUCCACCUUUCCAGAAAUAAGUCUCUCACUGUUGCCGCUUGCUACAGACCCCCCUCAGCCCCCAGCUGUGCCCUGGACACCAUAUGUGAAUUGAUUGCCCCCCAUUUAUCCUCAGAGUUUGUACUGCUUGGUGACCUAAAUUGGGAUAUGCUUAAUACCCCAGCCAUCCUACAAUCCAAGCUAGAUGCCCUCAACCUCACGCAAAUUAUCAACGAACCUACCAGGUACAACCCUAAAUCCGUAAACAUGGGUACCCUCAUAGAUAUCAUCCUGACUAACAUACCCUCUAAAUACACCUCAGCUGUCUUCAACCAGGAUCUCAGCGAUCACUGCCUUAUUGCCUGCGUCCGUAACGGGUCCGCGGUCAAACGACCACCCCUCAUCACUGUCAAACGCUCCCUAAAACACUUUAGCGAGGAGGCCUUCCUAAUUGACCUGGCCCAGGUAUCCUGGAUGGAUAUAGAUCUCAUUCCGUCAGUAGAGGAUGCCUGGUUGUUCCUUAAAAGUAAUUUCCUCUCAAUCUUAAAUAAACAUGCCCCAUUCAAAAAAUACAGAACUAAGAACCGAUAUAGCCCCUGGUUCUCCUCAGACUUGACUGCCCUUGACCAGCACAAAAACAUCCUGUGGCGUACAGCAUUAGCAUCAAAUAGCCCCCGCGAUAUGCAACUUUUCAGGGAAGUUAGGAACCAAUAUACACAAGCAGUCAGGAAAGCAAAGGCUAACUUUUUCAAACAGAAAUUUGCAUCCUGUAGCACUAACUCCAAAAAGUUUUGGGACACUGUAAAGUCCAUGGAGAAUAAGAGCACUUCCUCCCAGCUGCCCACUGCACUGAGGCUAGGAAACACUAUCACCACCGAUAAAUCUACAAUAAUCGAGAAUUUCAACAAGCAUUUUGCUACAGCUGGCCAUGCGUUCCAUCUGGCUACCACUAACCCGGCCACCAACUCUGCACCCUCUGCUGCAACUUGCCCAUGCCCCCCCCGCUUCUCCUUCACACAAAUUCAGACAGCUGAUGUUUUGAAAGCGCUGCAAAAUCUGGACCCCUACAAAUCAGCUGGGCUAGACAAUCUGGACCCUUUCUUUCUAAAACUAGCCGCCGAAAUUGUCGCUACCCCUAUUACUAGUCUGUUCAACCUCUCUUUCAUAACGUCUGAGAUCCCCAGAGAUUGGAAAGCUGCCGCGGUCAUCCCCCUCUUCAAAGGGGGUGACACUCUAGAUCCAAACUGCUACAGACCUAUAUCCAUCCUGCCCUGCCUUUCGAAAGUAUUCGAAAGCCAAGUUAACAAACAGAUCAUCGACCAUUUCGAAUACCACCGUACCUUCUCCGCUAUGCAAUCCGGUUUCCGAGCUGGUCACGGGUGCACUUCAGCCACGCUCAAGGUCCUAAACGAUAUUAUAACCGCGAUUGAUAAUAGACAGUACUGUGCAGCCGUCUUCAUCGACCUGGCCAAGGCUUUCGACUCUGUCAACCACCGCAUUCUUAUUGGCAGACUAAAUAGCCUUGGUUUCUCAAAUGACUGCCUCGCCUGGUUCACCAACUACUUCUCAGAUAGAGUUCAGUGUGUCAAAUCGGAGGGCCUGUUGUCUGGACCUAUGGCAGUCUCUAUGGGGGUGCCACAGGGUUCAAUUCUUGGGCCGACACUUUUCUCCGUGUAUAUCAAUGAUGUCGCUCUUGCUGCUGGUGACUCUCAGAUCCACCUCUACGCAGACGACACCAUUUUGUAUACAUCUGGCCCUUCAUUGGACACUGUGUUAACAAACCUCCAAACGAGCUUCAAUGCCAUACAACAAUCCUUCAGUAGCCUCCAACUGCUCUUAAACACUAGUAAAACUAAAUGCAUGCUUUUCAAUCGAACGCUGCUGGCACCCGCCCACCCGACUAGAAUCACCACUCUCGACGGGUCUGACCUAGAGUAUGUGGACAACUACAAAUACCUAGGUGUCUGGUUAGACUGUAAACUCAACUUCCAGACUCACAUAAAGAAUCUCCAAUCCAAAGUUAAAUCUAGAAUCGGCUUCCUAUUUCGCAAUAAAGCCUCCUUCACUCAUGCUGCCAAACAUGCCCUCGUAAAACUGACUAUCCUACCGAUCCUUGACUUUGGCGAUGUAAUUUACAAAAUAGCCUCCAACACUCUUCUCAGCAAAUUGGAUGUAGUCUAUCACAGUGCCAUCCGUUUUGUCUCCAAAGCCCCAUACACUACCCACCACUGUGACCUGUACGCUCUUGUUGGCUGGUCCUCACUACAUGUUCGUCGUCAAACCCACUGGCUCCAGGCCAUCUAUAAAUCACUGCUAGGCAAAUCCCCGCCUUAUCUUAGCUCAUUGGUCACCAUAGCAGCACCCACCCGUAGUCUGCGCUCCAGCAGGUAUAUCUCACUGGUCAUUCCCAAAGCCAACACCUCCUUUGGCCGCCAUUCCUUCCAGUUCUCUGCUGCCAAUGACUGGAACGAAUUGCAAAAAUCUCUGAAGCUGGAGACUCUUAUCUCCCUCAAUAACUUUAAGCAUCAGUUGUCAGAGCACCUUACCGAUCACUGCACCUGUACACAGCCCAUCUGAAAUUAGCCCACCCAACUACCUCAUCCCUAUAUUGUUAUUUAUUUUGCUAUUUUGCACCCCAGUAUCUCUAUUUGCACAUAAUCUCUUGCACAUCUAGCAUUCCAGUGUUAAUACUAUUGUAAUUAUUCUGCACUAUAGCCUAUUUAUUGCCUUACCUCCAUAACUUGCUACAUUUGCACACACUGUAUAUAUAUUUUCUGUUGUAUUUCUGACUUUAUGUUUUUUACCCCAUAUGUAACUCUGUGUUGUUUUUAUUGCACUACUUUGCUUUAUCUUGGCCAGGUCGCAGUUGUAAAUGAGAACCUGUUCUCAACUGGCUUACCUGGUUAAAUAAAGGUUAAAUAAAUAAAAAUAUAAAGGUUUUUGAAGCACGUUUUGUGCCAUUUAAUUUAAGUUGAACAUCGCUAAAUGCUUCCAGUUUAAUUACAUGUGCAAUUUAAAAAAGUAUAAUGUCUAGGCAUAUUUAAUGAAACCCUGGCUGUUGGCAUACAUUUACAUUUAAGUCAUUUAGCAGACGCUCUUAUCCAGAGCGACUUACAAAUUGGUGCAUUCAAUUUAGGAUAGCCAGUGGGACAACCACUCCCUUUUUUAAAAAUUUAAAUGGUGGGGGGUAGAAUGAUUACUGUUAUACUAUUCCAGGUAUUCCUUAAAGAGUUGGGGUUUCAAGUGUCUCCGGAAGGUGGUGAGUGACUCCGCUGUCCUGGCGUCGUGGGGGAGCUUGUUCCACCAUUGGGGUGCCAGAGCAGCGAACAGUUUUGACUGGGCUGAGCGGGAACUGUGCUUCCGUAGAGGUAGGGGAGCUAGCAGGCCAGAGGUGGAUGAACGUAGUGCCCUCCUUUGGGUGUAGGGUCUGAUCAGAGCCUAAGGUAAGGAGGUGCUGUUCCUCCUCACAGCUCCGUAGGCAAGCACCAUGGUUUUGUAGUAGACGCGAGCUUCAACUGGAAGCCAGUGGAGUGUGCGGAGGAGUGGGGUGACAUGAGAGAACUUGGGAAGGUUGAACACCAGACGGGCUGCAGCGUUCUGGAUAAGUUGUAGGGGUUUAAUGGCACAGGCAGGGAGCCCAGCCAACAGCGAGUUGCAGUAAUCCAGACCUUAGAUGACAAGUGCCUGGAUUAGGACCUGUGCCGCUUCCUGUGUGAGGUAGGGUCGUACACUGCAAAUGUUGUAGAGCAUGAACCUGCAGGAUCGGGUCACCGCUUUGAUGUUAGCGGAGAACGACAGGGUGUUGUCCAGGGUCACGCCAAGGUUCUUUGCACUCUGGGAGGAGGACACAAUGGAGUUGUCAACCGUGAUGGUGAGAUCAUGGAGCGGGAAGUCCUUCCCCGGGAGGAAGAGCAGCUCCGUCUUGCCGAGGUUCAGCUUGAGGUGGUGAUCCGACAUCCACACUGAUAUGUCUGCCAGACAUGCAGAGAUGCGUGUAGCUCAGUUGUUAGAGCAUGGCGCUUGCAACGCCAGGGUUGUGGGUUCGAUUCCCCACGGGGAGCCAGGGGGGCCAGUAUGAAAAUGUAUGCACUCACUAACUGUAAAUCGCUCCGGAUAAGAGCGUCUGUUAAAUGACUAAAAUGAAAAUGUAAGGGGGAAAGGAGAAAAUUAAUUGUGUGUCAUCUGCGUAGCAAUGAUAGGAGAGACCAUGUGAGGAUAUGACAGAGCCAAGUGACUUGGUGUAUAGAGAGAAUAGGAGAGGGCCUAGAACUGAGCCCUGGGGGACACCAGUGGUGAGAGCAUGUGGUGCGGAGACAGAUUCUCGCCACGCCACCUGUAUAGGAGCGACCUGUCAGGUAGGACGCAAUCCAAGAGUGAGCAGCGCCGGAGAUGCCCAACUCGGAGAGGGUGGAGAGGAGGAUCUGAUGGUUCACUGUAUCAAAGGCAGCGGAUAGGUCUAGAAGGAUAAGAGCAGAGGAAAGAGAGUUAGCUUUAGCAGUGCGGAGAGCCUCAGUGACACAGAGAAGAGCAGUCUCAGUUGAAUGACCAGUCUUGAAACCUGACUGGUUUGGAUCAAGAAGGUCAUUCUGAGAGAGAUAGCAGGAGAGUUGGCUAGAGACGGCACGCUCAAGAGUUUUGGAGAGAAAAGAAAGAAGCGAUACUGGUCUGUAGUUGUUGACAUCGGAGGGAUCGAGUGUAGGUUUUUUGAGGAGGGGUGCAACUCUCGCUCUCUUGAAGACGGAAGGGACAUAGCCAGCGGUCAAGGAUGAGUUGAUGCGCGAGGUGAGGUAAGGAAGAAGGUCUCCGGAAAUGGUCUGGAGAAGAGAGGAGGGGAUAGGGUCAAGUGGGCAGGUUGUUGGGCGGCCGGCCAUCACAAGUCGCAAGAUUUCAUCUGGAGAGAGAGGGGAGAAAGAAGUCAAAGCAUAGGGUAGGGCAGUGUGAGCAGGACCAGCGGUGUCAUUUGACUUAAUAAAUGAGAAUCGGAUGUCGUCAACCUUCUUUUCAAAAUGGUUGACGAAGUCAUCCACAGAGGGGGAGGAGAAGGAGGAUUCAGCAGGGAGGAGAAGGUGGCAAAGAGCUUCCUAGGGUUAGAGGCAGAGGCUUGACAUUGAGAGUGGUAGAAAGUGGCUUUAGCAGCAGAAACGGAGGAAGAGAAUGUAGAGAGGAGGGAGUGAAAAGAUGACAGGUCAGCUCACACUAGCAGGAUGGGGGGGUGCUUUUCAUUAGGAGUGACAUCUAACGUGGGAUCGCUGAAACAAUGAUUAUGAUCACAUCUCCUCAAUUUAAAUACUAGGCCUAUUAUGUAGCGUGUGCCUACGGUCUGAUGGACUACAGCUCAGAUUUUGAAGGUGUACGAGGUUUUUGAAUACGUUUUUAGGAGAAAUGUGAUUGUGUGUGUGUGUGUGUGUUUGGUGGCUUUGAUUGAUGGAUCCUUUUAGGGUGUGUGUGAGUUCGCUAAUUCUCUCUGUUUGUUCAGAAAGCUUCCUAAAGUAGCCUGUCUGGACUCCAUCUCUUAAUAAGAGAGAAUAAGGCACAUGCUGGGAUAAUAAUUCCAUAACUAACGUCCAUUCAAACUGUAAUUGUCAAUUCAUUUGAUAUGCUAGCUACAUUAUGUUAGCAUUAUGCUAUAGGCCUAAAUAUAACGUUACCUAAAGUAGCCUGUCUGGACUCCAUCUCUUAAUAAGAGAGGUGGGACAAAUAAUAGAACUGAAAUGAGCAUAGCAAAUUGUAAAAAUGUAAACAAGUCAUUGUGUUCAGCAUAUGUGGGCUCCCGAGUGGCGCAGCGGUCUAAGGCACUGCAUCUCGAUUCCAGGCUGAAUCUCAAUCUGGUGGUGAUUGUUGGUCCCAUAGGGCGGCGCACAAUUGGUCCAGCGUCGUCCGGGGUAGGCGUCAUUGUAAAUAAGAAUUUGUUCUUAGCUGACUUGCCUAGUUAAAUAAAGGUUAAAUAAAUAAAAAAAUAUGUGCGAGGAAUGACAACAGGUGCCAGUUUUGCGUUUCCUUCCUCUCGUUAAUGGGAUGCAAAUGUAGUUAGAUUGAAUCUUGUAGGCUAAUAUUCUCCAUAUGAUUCAUCUCUCUCUCGUUACGAAGUCCUCUAGCCACUUUGUACAACAUGAUCUUGCAUUGACACGUAUCUUCUCACAAGGGAAUUACCGCAGCAGGUCGUAGGGGUGUUUUUUUGUUGUCGUUAUAAAAAGUUUGCGCCAAAUUUGCGUACGCCCCAUGUUCCAUAACGUUGUCAUGGAAAAUAUUAAUGUUGUUACCAAUCAGCAACUGAAUGUUGAGUGGAACGUUAGCCAAAGAGACUAGUACCGAGGCUAGUCAAGCCAGGUAUGGACUUACAAAAAAUAUGUAAAUAAAAAUUGCGCUACAAGCAACCCAAAAAAUGUAUUGUCUGGAAAUAAUCUAUAUUGUUUUCUGACCAAGUGUGUAUGUGUCUCCAGUGGUUGCUUGUGCAGUUUUAUUUAGACCUUUUUUGGAAGUAUGUACAGGGAGUGACUGUAGUAAAUGGUAAAUGACAAUAGUUGCUCAGCAAAACUCCAUAUUUGGUGAGUAUUGUAACUAAGUUAUUUUGACAUUUUUAUAAUGCUUGCAGAGCUGUCUAAUGGGACAAUUACUGGGUAGCUAACUGGGCUAGAGAGGAGAGAUGUCAUGUUCAUGAUCUCCUCCUCUGUCCAGAUACUGGUUCAGCUAAUCAUCAAUGUUUAAAAAAAAAUGCAUUUAUGAUUUUUAGGACUCUUCAAGAGGAAUGCGAAGACUCCAGUAUAUAUGAGGAAGACAUUCAGAUACUGAGAGUGAAUGGAGAGAAACAUCUACACUACAUCUACAGUGGUGACAAACCAGUCUUCAUCUGUGAGAGAACUGUAAGUUCUGCUCUGUCAAUCCAUCCUAUUUAUGAGUAUCUUUGCAUUAUUCGUUUGUAUUACUGGACUGUAUUUCCAUUUAGGCAAUCAAUUCACCCAAUCGUUCCAAUAUUGAUCCACUAUUUUACUGUAUUGUCAUGUGACAAGGCCCCACAGAUUGACCCUGAAGAUGAGAAAAUGGAUGAGACGCACUCUGAUGAUGAGACAAAUCAUGAAGCCAAGAUAGAGUUGGGGCCGCAGCCUCUCACCAUCAUGAAAGCAAGGUCUUCUUCUCCUCCUCCUCAAUCUCCUCCUCCUCCAUCUUCUUCUCCAACUUCUUCUCCUCCUCUAUCUCCUCCUCCUCCUCCUCCCCCAUCUUAUCCUCCAUCUUGUUCUUCAUAUUCUUCUCCUCCAUCUUGUUCUUCAUAUUCUUCUCCUCAUCCUCCAUCUUGUUCUUCUCCUCCAUCUUGUUCUUCCUCUUCUUCUUCUUCUCCUCCUCCUCCAUCUUGUUCUUCUUGUUCUUCUUCCAGUGUUAGUAGUGUUUCUACAUUUACAAUUGUAUUAAUAUGAAACCAUGGUAAUAGUACCCUGUCUGUUAAUAUGAAACCAUGGUAAUAGUACCCUGUCUGUUAAUAUGAAACCAUGGUAAUAGUACCCUGUCUGUUAAUAUGAAACCAUGGUAAUAGUACCCUGUCUGUUAAUAUGAAACCAUGGUAAUAGUACCCUGUCUGUUAAUAUGAAACCAUGGUAAUAGUACCCUGUCUGUUAAUAUGAAACCAUGGUAAUAGUACCCUGUCUGUUAAUAUGAAACCAUGGUAAUAGUACCCUGUCUGUUAAUAUGAAACCAUGGUAAUAGUACCCUGUCUGUUAAUAUGAAACCAUGGUAAUAGUACCCUGUCUGUUAAUAUGAAACCAUGGUAAUAGUACCCUGUCUGUUAAUAUGAAACCAUGGUAAUAGUACCCUGUCUGUUAAUAUGAAACCAUGGUAAUAGUACCCUGUCUGUUUGUCCCUAUACCUGUUCAGAUGUUGAACUGUGUUCUCUGCUUACAGGCAGCUGUUGUCUUGGUACACCAUGUCGCAGAACACCAACGUAUCUCCAGCGGUGUCCCCAGCCCCGCUGCUCCCUCUCUGGGUACGUUGUGACAUGGCCGACCCUGCUGGUACCACCUGGUUAGGAGCAGAGACCGUCUGCACCGGCAACAAAGUCUCCGGGGUGAAGCUAUACUCUGUCACGUGUACAGGUAAGAGUAGAGACAGUCAUUUAAGAGCUCAUAUCAAAUACAUUGAAAUACACAGUUUCAAAAGUUUACUGAUCUUUGAUGUUUGUCCUCCAUGUUCAGGUUCAACUGUGGACAAGGGCACAUUCAUCACUGUAGAUGAGCUGAAACAGGAACACAAGAAAAGACAUCAUCCGUCCUUGGUAAGGCCUAACUCCUAGUCCUCCCUGUUUCUCAGAUAUUUUCACUGGCUAAGACUGUCAGCGUCUAGCUAGGUGUACUGCCGUCUGGCUAAGACUGUCAGCGUCCAGCUAGGUGUACUGCCGUCUGGCUAAGACUGUCAGUGUCUAGCUAGGUGUGCUGUCGACUGGCUAAGACUGGCUAAGACUGGCAGCGUCUAGCUAGGUGUGCUGUCGACUGGCUAAGACUGUCAGCGUCUAGCUAGGUGUACUGUCGACUGGCUAAGACUGUCAGUGUCUAGCUAGGUGUGCUGUCGACUGGCUAAGACUGUCAGCGUCUAGCUAGGUGUACUGUCGACUGGCUAAGACUGUCAGUGUCUAGCUAGGUGUGCUGUCGACUGGCUAAGACUGGCAGCGUCCAGCUAGGUGUACUGCCGACUGUUUACCGUUUUUCUGAUGUUCUCCUCCAUUUCAUAUAUAACUGAAACAGACCAAAACCCAGACUGUCUAUGUUGUCCUCAUCACUUCCCUGAUUCCCUCCAGAUGGUGGCAAGAGGCACAGCCCAGUACAACCUGUUUGGGUCUACUGUGGUGGAGAACACUACUAUAGAAUCUCAGAGCAGUGUCACAGUGGACUUCAGAUGGAGCCACGUAGAGAGCAUCCUGGAGACGCCACCUCUCUCCUCUAUGGCCACUCUGGUGAGUAGUCAGGUUACACUUGCACCCCAAAUCAACCCCUAGUCCCUACGCCCUAGUCCCUACGCCCUAGUCCCUACGGAGGCCCUACGCCCUAGUCCCUACGCCCUAGUCCCUACGCCCUAGUCCCUACGCCCUAGUCCCUACCCCCUAGUCCCUACGCCCUAGUCCCUACGCCCUAGUCCCUACGCCCUAGUCCCUACGCCCUAGUCCCUACGCCCUAGUCCCUACGCCCUAGUCCCUACGCUUUAGGCAUUUGUGUAGAUCUGACGGGUUGGGUAGGUGUAAGGUGGCAGCAUAUUACUUACAACCAGGGGUUCAGUUCUGAACAGUACCGUUCUUUUUUUCAUUCCGUUCCACUUUUUCGACCAGCAAAAAUUCUGAACCGGUCCGAAUAAAAACCAGUUGACAUUUUGGCGGGUGGGGCGAGAGCGGGUGGAUGAGGAGGCUUGGCUCGAAGCGCUGGGCAUCUUGUUAUGACAAUAAUUAUCUGAAUUCGUCCCACAGAAUUAUACCUUCGGAGGAGCGGCUUCCAUGAAGGAACUUUGAAUGUCUUUGAGUUUCCGAGAGUUUGCUUAACGUUGGACCAGAGCUAGCUAGCUAAGCUUGUGUGUGCAGAGCGGCACCAGAAUUUAAAAUAAAAAAAACGUCGUACCUUUUUUUUGUAGUUUAAUAAAUCCAAUGUGAAACGUGAUCACUAUAGGAUCCUUAACUAGCAUUGGAAAAAGUGAAUCCAUUCUUCUCAAAUUAAAAAUCUCUCUCUCUCUCUAAUUUCUGAAUCACGAUUGUAGCAUCAGUAGCCUAAAAUGCUUCGAGGGGCAGGUAGCACGUGCACACACUGGCAAAGAUUUAACUGGCAGUCAGACACUGGAAUAUGUUUCAGUGACGGCUUUCUUUCUUGUCAAACUUUUUUUUGUGUGCUGUUUGGGGGGGGUGGGGGGGUAGAUCAGCUUUAAUAUUGCAUAUUUUUUUUCAUUUAGCAGACGCUCUUAUCCAGAGCGACUUACAGGAGCAAUUAGGGUUAAGUGCCUUGCUCAAGGGCACAUCGACAGAUUUUUUCACCUAGUCGGCUCGGGGAUUAGAACCAGCGACCUUACGGUUACUGGCACAACGCUCUUAACCACUAAACCACCUGCCGCCACUUUAUCUAUUACAUUAUCCCUUUAUUUAUUUAUCCUUUCCCCCUCCCAUCCCUCCCCUGAUUGGAGUAAACUAAUGGCCAUCCCUCCCCUGAUUGGAGUAAACUAAUGGCCAUCCCUCCCCUGAUUGGAGUAAACUAAUGGCCAUCCCUCCCCUGAUUGGAGUAAACUAAUGGCCAUCCCUCCCCUGAUUGGAGUAAACUAAUGGCCAUCCCUCCCCUGAUUGGAGUAAACUAAUGGCCAUCCCUCCCCUGAUUGGAGUAAACUAAUGGCCAUCCCUCCCCUGAUUGGAGUAAACUAAUGGCCAUCCCUCCCCUGAUUGGAGUAAACUAAUGGCCAUCCCUCCCCUGAUUGGAGUAAACUAAUGGCCAUCCCUCCCCUGAUUGGAGUAAACUAAUGGCCAUCCCUCCCCUGAUUGGAGUAAACUAAUUUACCAUCCCUCCCCUGAUUGGAGUAAACUAAUGGCCAUCCCUCCCCUGAUUGGAGUAAACUAAUGGCCAUCCCUCCCCUGAUUGGAGUAAACUAAUGGCCAUCCCUCCCCUGAUUGGAGUAAACUAAUGGCCAUCCCUCCCCUGAUUGGAGUAAACUAAUGGCCAUCCCUCCCCUGAUUGGAGUAAACUAAUGGCCAUCCCUCCCCUGAUUGGAGUAAACUAAUGGCCAUCCCUCCCCUGAUUGGAGUAAACUAAUGGCCAUCCCUCCCCUGAUUGGAGUAAACUAAUGGCCAUCCCUCCCCUGAUUGGAGUAAACUAAUGGCCAUCCCUCCCCUGAUUGGAGUAAACUAAUGGCCAUCCCUCCCCUGAUUGGAGUAAACUAAUGGCCAUCCCUCCCCUGAUUGGAGUAAACUAAUGGCCAUCCCUCCCCUGAUUGGAGUAAACUAAUGGCCAUCCCUCCCCUGAUUGGAGUAAACUAAUGGCCAUCCCUCCCCUGAUUGGAGUAAACUAAUGGCCAUCCCUCCCCUGAUUGGAGUAAACUAAUGGACCAUCCCUCCCCUGAUUGGAGUAAACUAAUGGCCAUCCCUCCCCUGAUUGGAGUAAACUAAUGGCCAUCCCUCCCCUGAUUGGAGUAAACUAAUGGCCAUCCCUCCCCUGAUUGGAGUAAACUAAUGGCCAUCCCUCCCCUGAUUGGAGUAAACUAAUGGCCAUCCCUCCCCUGAUUGGAGUAAACUAAUGGCCAUCCCUCCCCUGAUUGGAGUAAACUAAUGGCCAUCCCUCCCCUGAUUGGAGUAAACUAAUGGCCAUCCCUCCCCUGAUUGGAGUAAACUAAUGGCCAUCCCUCCCCUGAUUGGAGUAAACUAAUGGCCAUCCCUCCCCUGAUUGGAGUAAACUAAUGACCAUCCCUCCCCUGAUUGGAGUAAACUAAUGACCAUCCCUCCCCUGAUUGGAGUAAACUAAUGGCCAUCCCUCCCCUGAUUGGAGUAAACUAAUGGCCAUCCCUCCCCUGAUUGGAGUAAACUAAUGACCAUCCCUCCCCUGAUUGGAGUAAACUAAUGACCAUCCCUCCCCUGAUUGGAGUAAACUAAUGACCAUCCCUCCCCUGAUUGGAGUAAACUAAUGACCAUCCCUCCCCUGAUUGGAGUAAACUAAUGACCAUCCCUCCCCUGAUUGGAGUAAACUAAUGACCAUCCCUCCCCUGAUUGGAGUAAACUAAUGACCAUCCCUCCCCUGAUUGGAGUAAACUAAUGACCAUCCCUCCCCUGAUUGGAGUAAACUAAUGGCCAUCCCUCCCCUGAUUGGAGUAAACUAAUGGCCAUCCCUCCCCUGAUUGGAGUAAACUAAUGGCCAUCCCUCCCCUGAUUGGAGUAAACUAAUGGACAUCCCUCCCCUGAUUGGAGUAAACUAAUGGCCAUCCCUCCCCUGAUUGGAGUAAACUAAUUUACCAUCCCUCCCCUGAUUGGAGUAAACUAAUGGCCAUCCCUCCCCUGAUUGGAGUAAACUAAUGGACAUCCCUCCCCUGAUUGGAGUAAACUAAUGACCAUCCCUCCCCUGAUUGGAGUAAACUAAUGACCAUCCCUCCCCUGAUUGGAGUAAACUAAUGGCCAUCCCUCCCCUGAUUGGAGUAAACUAAUGGCCAUCCCUCCCCUGAUUGGAGUAAACUAAUGACCAUCCCUCCCCUGAUUGGAGUAAACUAAUUUACCAUCCCUCCCCUGAUUGGAGUAAACUAAUGGCCAUCCCUCCCCUGAUUGGAGUAAACUAAUGACCAUCCCUCCCCUGAUUGGAGUAAACUAAUGGCCAUCCCUCCCCUGAUUGGAGUAAACUAAUGGCCAUCCCUCCCCUGAUUGGAGUAAACUAAUGGACAUCCCUCCCCUGAUUGGAGUAAACUAAUGGCCAUCCCUCCCCUGAUUGGAGUAAACUAAUUUACCAUCCCUCCCCUGAUUGGAGUAAACUAAUGGCCAUCCCUCCCCUGAUUGGAGUAAACUAAUGGACAUCCCUCCCCUGAUUGGAGUAAACUAAUUUACCAUCCCUCCCCUGAUUGGAGUAAACUAAUUUACCAUCCCUCCCCUGAUUGGAGUAAACUAAUUUACCAUCCCUCCCCUGAUUGGAGUAAACUAAUGACCAUCCCUCCCCUGAUUGGAGUAAACUAAUGACCAUCCCUCCCCUGAUUGGAGUAAACUAAUGACCAUCCCUCCCCUGAUUGGAGUAAACUAAUGACCAUCCCUCCCCUGAUUGGAGUAAACUAAUGACCAUCCCUCCCCUGAUUGGAGUAAACUAAUUUACCAUCCCUCCCCUGAUUGGAGUAAACUAAUGGACAACAAUACUUCUACUGCUACUUACAGCUAUUUUCGCUCAAAUGUACGGUACAUGUAGUUAAAUAAUUAUACAUAUACAGUGCCUUUGGAAAGUAUUCAGACCCCUUCACUUUUUCCACAUUUUGUUACGUUAGAGCCUUAUUCUAAAAUAUAUAAAAUUGUUUUUUUCCCUCAUCGAUCUACACACACACUACCCCAUAAUGACAGCAAAAACAGGGUUUUUGAAAUUGUUGAUAAUUUAUUUUAAAAAACUCAUCACAUUUACAUAAGUAUUCAGACCCUUUAUUCAAUACUUUGUAGAAGCACCUUUGGCAGCAAUUACAGCAUCGAGUCUUCUUGGGUAUGACGCUCCUCAAAUUUUUUUUGUUGCUUUCGGUUGUCUUCCCUUAACCGGUUCCAACCCUCUCAGAGCUAGACUAGUACCCAGGAUGUAGGGACUGUUUCUCUCAGAGCUAGACUAGUACCCAGGAUGUAGGGACUGUUUCUCUCAGAGCUAGACUAGUACCCAGGAUGUAGGGACUGUUUCUCUCAGAGCUAGACUAGUACCCAGGAUGUAGGGACUGUUUCUCUCAGAGCUAGACUAGUACCCAGGAUGUAGGGACUGUUUCUCUCAGAGCUAGACUAGUACCCAGGAUGUAGGGACUGUUUCUCUCAGAGCUAGACUAGUACCCAGGAUGUAGGGACUGUUUCUCUCAGAGCUAGACUAGUACCCAGGAUGAAGGGACUGUUUCUCUCAGAGCUAGACUAGUACCCAGGAUGAAGGGACUGCUUGUUAACCCCACCCCCCCCGACUCCUGCAGAAUAUCAAGGUGUCCAGUGGAGACAUGAGGAGUCCCAUGUAUCCGAUGUACAGGGAGCUGGAGUUUCUACAGGUUGGUGCCAAAAAAAUAAUACUUUUGAAAUGCCUUUUUUAGCAACCCAAUAUUAGCCUGGUUAAACCUACAUUACAGUGGUGUGCACUGGGGUUGGGGCCAAUGCAGGAAGUAAACUGACAAUCCAAUUCGAAUUCUCUUCAAUGCUUUUCAAUGAGGAAAUUCGAAUUGGAAUUUGGGUUACUUUCUGAAUUGACCAGGCUAUCACAAUAUAUAGACCUACUGUGACGUAACCAGGCUAUCACAAUAUAUAGACCUACUGUGACGUAACCAGGCUAUCACAAUAUAUAGACCUACUGUGACGUAACCAGGCUAUCACAAUAUAUAGACCUACUGUGACGUAACCAGGCUAUCACAAUAUAUAGACCUACUGUGACGUAACCAGGCUAUCACAAUAUAUAGACCUACUGUGACGUAACCAGGCUAUCACAAUAUAUAGACCUACUGUGACGUAACCAGGCUAUCACAAUAUAUAGACCUACUGUGACGUAACCAGGCUAUCACAAUAUAUAGACCUACUGUGACGUAACCAGGCUAUCACAAUAUAUAGACCUACUGUGACGUAACCAGGCUAUCACAAUAUAUAGACCUACUGUGACGUAACCAGGCUAUCACAAUAUAGACCUACUGUGACGUAACCAGGCUAUCACAAUAUAUAGACCUACUGUGGACGUAACCAGGCUAUCACAAUAUAUAGACCUACUGUGACGUAACCAGGCUAUCACAAUAUAUAGACCUACUGUGACGUAACCAGGCUAUCACAAUAUAUAGACCUACUGUGACGUAACCAGGCUAUCACAAUAUAUAGACCUACUGUGACGUAACCAGGCUAUCACAAUAUAUAGACCUACUGUGACGUAACCAGGCUAUCACAAUAUAUAGACCUACUGUGACGUAACCAGGCUAUCACAAUAUAUAGACCUACUGUGACGUAACCAGGCUAUCACAAUAUAUAGACCUACUGUAACAUAGUACUACUUAGCCUGUUGCUGGUUGUGGUUGUCAGAUCCUGGCUGAUGGUCUGAGGACAGGAGAGACGGAGUGGAUGGAACCCCUGGAGACCAGGUCUGCUGUGCAGCUGACAAGGGAAUACCUUGAUGGUAGGGUAUUUUACAUUUUACAUUUGAGUAAUUUAGUCAUUAAAUAUCUCCAAAAUCAAGCAAAAAUGUAUUAGAAAAACAACUUUUCACAUCCUAUAUGAAAUGAGUUGCUUUUUAACAUGUUGAGGACGACUGAAAUAAACAUGUUUUACUAUAUAUUGCUUUUUAACCUCUUAAAUGUAUUUUGUUUUUAAUUCAAUUCAGUCUGGUAUGAGAACGGUAGCCUCUAUAUUCAAAAGCAGGGUGUCUGCGGAAUGCUGAGUAUCUUGGUUAUUGACCUGUGCCUUUAAAAUCUUCGGUGUGAUUUACUACCACAUAUGGGCACACGAAUGUAGAAGGACAGGCCGAGCCGAUGACCUCAUUUCAAGAUGGCUGCUACCUACAUUCCGGUUAGCGUUGUGAAGCAUAAAGGAAAUAAACACGGAAUACGUCGAUACGCACCGAAAGCCGGGACUCCACAGAUCACGAGGAGGUCUUAUUUGUCUGCCUGUGACCUACCGUUAUUGAUCACCAGCCCCGAGAGUCAAAAUGUUUAUUUUACACAACGUUUUCACCAAACAGCAAACAUCUUACAAGGUAAACUUCGAUUUGGUCUGUGUUUGAGCUAUAGCUACAUGAAAUUAAUCCUUAGGUUGGUAGGAACACAUCUAUGUUAUCUGAUGACGUAUGACUGAAUGGCAACAUCAAAUGUCCACCGAUAUGACAUCGCCUGCUUAUGCGCUGAAGGCGUCCAUAACACAGGGGAUUGGCUACUAUGGCACCUUGACAGUCUUGUAGCCAAUGAGAAGGCGUCCAUAACACAGGGGAUUGGCUACUAUGGCACCUUGACAGUCUUGUAGCCAAUGAGAAGGCGUCCAUAACACAGGGGAUUGGCUACUAUGGCACCUUGACAGUCUUGUAGCCAAUGAGAAGGCGUCCAUAACACAGGGGAUUGGCUACUAUGGCACCUUGACAGUCUUGUAGCCAAUGAGAAGCUUUCAUUUAUAGCAUACAUUUAUUUUUUAUUUAUUUUUUCAAUACAUUGUAAACAGAUUUCAUCGCUUUAAUUUCAUCGCUUUAGCAUAAAAGAUGGCUGCUCAAGGGGGGUAAAAAAAGGUAAAACUAACAAUAUCGAACAGGAAGCUAAAAAGAAGGCAGCUAUGAAUAAGUAUACCGACAGCAGCUUUGAAUAAAAUACUGGUCGGACUCGGAUCAAGGGAGCGAUUAGGACAACGAGGAUUUCGACUCGGCCGACAAAGAUUGCUUUCUAGAAGGAAAUGGAUCCACUUUUAGAUCUGUAAGUAAAUUAUUGUCAUUACUUUAUAUAGCUCAUUUCCUGUAUGUAUUUCGUUUUUUAAUGAGUUGUCUGCUUUUUGUGCUUUGGAUUUAGUUUACAUAAGCCUAUGUAACAAGUAAUUUCAAUGUUAUAUAAUUUAUUCAUUUAAAUCAAUUUUAUAAUUUAUUCAUUUCAUUUAUUUAUUAAAUGUAUAAUUCCAAAGUAGUUAUUGUCUAUGUUAAAUUAGUUCACUGUUUGCUGUUCUAAGUUUCAUCUUUGUAACUUUGGAGAGGCCACUAAACUCUCUUAUGGCCAUUGUUUAUUUGUGGUUCUCACCUCUGCCUUUGUCUCCAAAGUGUUUCUGUUUUCUUUGUGUGUGUUUCACACCUUCUGUAUGAGUCACUGUACAGAUAAAGUUUAGGCUUGGUGUUUUUACUUUACAGUAAUGUUAGUUCUGUAAAUUUAGUAAACUGUAAUUCUGUGUGUGUCUUACAACAAUAUAUCCCUUUAUUUUUAUUCACCACAGAGUGGAGGAUGCAGAGGAUUUGGACGAUUACAUUUUGGAGCCACUCCUCCCCAGCAAGCGCCCCCCCGCUGGUCAAGGUCUCCACCCCCCCCCCCCCCGCUGGUCAAAAAAUCGGAUAUUGUUCACAUGUUGUGGAAGCCAUCGGAUGUGUUUCCAGCUCUGGGAAUCAAUAAUUCACUUAUAGCUUGUCAAAGAAAGAAGACUUUCAAAAUAAAUAAAAAAUAAAAAAAUGCAUAGUUUGUGUUUUGAUCUGGUGUAUUCUGAACUAUGGAACUCCUAUCUAUCUUCUGAUCAUUUCCUCAUCGUCUCCCAGAUGUCGUCUUUCCAAAUAUACCAAGUUUUGGCAGGUCAGAAUCAUGUAAUUACACAUGAAUAGCAGUUACUUUUGGGUAUGUCGAUUUAGACGGAUAUCUAAAUUUUGCCAUUUACAUUUAAGAGGUUAACACGUUGAGGACCAUUGAAAUAAACGUGUUUCUUUUAUUUUAUCAUCUGUCAAUCACAUUUCAUUCUCCUUUUCAGAACUGCAGAACAGUGUAAAGACUCUGCAGGAUCAGUCUACCAAAGAGGUAUGACUAGUAUCAAUAUCCUGAUGUGAAACUUUUUUUUCACAUCAAAUGUAUAUUAUUUCGAUUUAGGGGAUUCAUACAAUACUAACAGUUGAAGUCUGAAGUUUACAUACACUUAGUUUGGAGUCCUUAAAACUCGUUUUUCAACCACUCCACAAAUGUCUUGUUAACAAACUAUAGUUUUGGCAAUGACACAGAUGUUUUGAGGGAGAGCGCAAUUGGCAUCUACUUUGUGCAUGACACAAGUAAUUUUUCCAACAAUUGUUUACAGACAGAUUAUUUCACUUAUAAUUCACUGUAUCACAACUCCAGUGGGUCAGAAGUUUACAUUCACUAAGUUGACUGUGCCAUUAAACAGCUUGGAAAAUUCCAGAAAAUGAUGUCAUGGCUUUAGAAGCUUCUGAUAGGCUAAUUGACAUCAUUUGAGUCAAUUGGAGGUGUACCUGUGGAUGUAUUUCAAGGCCUACCUUCAAACUCAGUGCCUCUUUGCUUGACAUCAUGGGAAAAUCUAAAGAAAUCAGCCAAGACCCCAGAAAAUAAUUGUAGACCUCCACAAGUCUGGUUCAUCCUUGGGAGCAAUUUCCAAACGCCUGAAGGUACCACAUUCAUCUGUACAAACAAUAGUACGCAAGUAUAAACACCAUGGGACCACACAGCCGUCAUACCGCUCAGGAAGGAGACGCAUUCUGUCUCCUAGAGAUGAACGUACUUUGGUGCGAAAAGUGCAAAUCAAUCCCAGAACAUCAGCAAAGGACCCUGUGAAGAUGCUGGAGGAAACAGGUACAAAAGUAUCUAUAUCCACAGUAAAACAAGUACUUUUAUCGACAUAACCUGAAAGGCCGCUCAGCAAAACCACCAUAAAAAACCCAGACUACGGUUUGCAACUGCACAUGGGGUCAAACAUUGUACUUUUUGGAGAAAUGUCCUCUGGACUGAUGAAACAAAAAUAGAACUGUUUGGCCAUAAUGACCAUUGUUAUGCUUGGAGGAAAAAGGGGAAGGCUUGCAAGCCGAAGAACACCAUCCCAACCGUGAAGCACGGGGGUGGCAGCAUCAUGCUGUGAGUUGCUUUGCUGCAGGAGGGACUGGUGCACUUCACAAAAUAGAUGGCAUCAUGAGGAAGGACAUUUAUGUGGUCUUUUAUACUGAUAACAAGUUCAAACAGGUGCCAUUAAUACAGGUAACGAGUGGAGGACAGAGGAGCCUCUUAAAGAAGAAGUUACAGGUCUGUGAGAGCCAGAAAUCUUGCUUGUUUGUAGGUGACCAAAUACUUAUUUUCCACCAUAAUUUGCAAAUAAAUUCAUUAAAAAUCCUAGAAUGUGAUUUUCUGGAUUUUUUUUCCCUCAUUUUGUCUGUCAUAGUUGACGUGUACCUAUGAUGAAAAUUACAGGCCUCUCAUCUUUUUAAGUGGGAGAACUUGCACAAUUGGUGGCUGACUAAAUACUUUUUUCCCCCACUGUAUAUUGAAACAACAUCUCAAGACAUCAGUCAGGAAGUUAAAGCUUGGUCGCAAAUGGGUCUUCCAAAUGGACAAUGACCCCAAGCAUACUUCCAAAGUUGUGCCAAAAUGGCUUAAGGACAACAAAGUCAAUGUAUUGGAGUGCCCAUCGCAAAGCCCUGACCUCAAUCCUAUAGAAACUUUGUGGGCAGAACUGAAAAAGCGUGUGUGAGCAAGGAGGCCUACAAACCUGACUCAGUUACACCAGCUCUGUCAGGAGGAAUGGGCCAAAAUUCACCCAACUUAUUGUGGGAAGCUUGUGGAAGGCUACCUGACACGUUUGACCCAAAUUAAACAUUUUAAAGGCAAUGCUACCAAAUACUAAUUGAGCGUAUGUAAACUUCUGACCCACUGGGAAUGUGAUGAAAGAAAUAAAAGCUGAAAUAAAUCAUUCUCUCUACUAUUAUUCUGACAUUUCAGAUUCUUAAAAUAAAGUGGUGAUCCUAACUGACCUAAGACAGGGAAUUUUUACUAGGAUUAAAUGUCAUUUGGCUAAGGUGUAUGUAAACUUCCGACUUCAACUGUAUCUACAGCAGUAGAUGGAGGAGAGCUCUCUGGGGGAACAACAUACAGUGCCUUCAGAAAGUAUUCACACCCCUUGACUUUUUCCACAUUUUGUUGUGUUACAGCCUGAAUUUAAAAUGAAUUAAAUUGUUGUCACUGGCCUACACACAAUACCCCAUAAUGUCAAAAGUGGAAUUAUGUUUUUUGAAAUUGUUACAAAUUAAUUCAAUGAAAAGCUGAAAUGUCUUGAGUCAAUAAGUAUUCAACCCCUUUGUUAUGGCAAGCCUAAAUAAGUUCAGGAGUAAAAAUGUGCUUAACAAGUCACAUAAAAAGUUGCAUGGACUCAGUCUGUGUGCAGUAAUAGUGUUUAACAUGAUUUUUAAAUGACUACCUCCUCUCUGUACCCCACACAUACAAUUGUCUGUAAGGUACCUCAGUCAAGAAGUGAAUUUCAAGCAAAGAUUCAACCACAAAGACCAGGGAGGUCUUCCUUCUACCUCGCAAAAAAGCAGACAUUGAAUAUCCCUUUGAGCUUGGUGAAGUUAUUAAUAACCCUUUGGAUGGUGUAUCAAUGUCACUACAAAGUGUUGGUCCCAUGUUUCUGUUAGUGAGCAUUUCUCCUUUGCCAAGAUAAUCCAUCCACUUGACAGGUGUGGCAUAUCAAGAAGCUGAUUAAACAGCAUGAUCAUUACACAGGUGCACCUUGUGCUGGGGACAAUAAAAGGCCCCUCUAAAAUGUGCAGUUUUGUCACACAACACAAUGCCACAGAUGUCUCAAGUUUUGAGGGAGAGUGCAAUUGGCAUGCUGACUGCAGGAAUGUCCACCAGAGCUGUUGCCAGAGAAUUUCAUGUUAAUUUCUCUACCAUAUCAUCGUUUUAGAGAAUUUGGCAGUAUGUCCAACCGGCCUCAACUGCAGACCAUGUGUAUGGCGUUGUGUGGGCGAGUGGUUUGCUAAUGUCAACGUUGUGAACAGAGUGCCCCGUGGUGGUGGUGGGGUUAGGGUAUGGGCAGGUAUAAGCUACGGACAGCAAACACAAUUGCAUUUUAUCGAUGACAAUUUGAAUGCACAGAGACACCGUGACGAGAUCCUGAGGCCCAUUGUCGUGCCAUUCAUCCGCCACCAUCACCUCAUGUUUCAGCAUGAUAAUGCACGGCCCCAUGUCACAAGGAUCCGUACACAAUUCCUGGAAGCUGAAAAUGUCCCAGUUCUUCCAUGGCCUGCAUACUUACCAGAAAUGUCACCCAUUGAGCAUGUUCGGGAUGCUCUGGAUCGACGUGUACGGCAGCGUGUUCCCGUUCCCGCCAAUAUCCAGCAACUUCUAUUUGAAGAAGGGUGGGACAACAUUCCUCAGGCCACAAUCAACAGCCUGAUCAACUCUAUGCGAAGGAGAUGUGUCGCGCUGCAUGAGGCAAAUGGUGGUCACACCAGAUACUGACUGGUUUUCUGAUCCAGAUGCAUAUCUGUAUUCCCAGUCAUGUAAAAUCCAUAGAUUAGGGCCUACUGGAUUUAUUUCAAUUGACUGAUUUCCUUAUAUGAACUGUAACUCAAUCUUUGAAAUUGUGUUUUUUUUUUGUAGAUUUUUUAGUUCGGUAUAAAUACAUUCCCAUGUCACCAAAUAAUUGAUUAAAACACACUGUUUUGUGAUGAAGGUCUACAGUAGCCUCAACAGCACUCUGUAGGGUAGCACCAUGGUGUAGCCGGAGGACAACUAGCUUCCAUCCUCCUCUGGGUACAUUGACUUCAAUACAAAACCUAGGAGGCUCAUGGUUCUCACCCCCUUCCAUAGACUUACGCAGUAAUUAUGACCACUUCCAGAGGACGUCCUCCAACCUAUCAGAGCUCUUGCAGCAGGAAUUGACAUGUUGUCCACCCAAUCAAAGGAUCAGAGAAUUAAUCUAGUACUGAAAGCAUAAGCUACCGCUAGCUAGCACUGCAGUGCAUAAAAUGUGGUGAGUAGUUGACUCAAAGACCGAGAAAGACAAUAGUUGAAUAGAUUUGAACAAUUUCAUAUCUUCAAAAAUGAAGGAGAAGCGAGAGCAAGGCAGAGAGCUAGCUAUAUUUAUAUUUAGCUAUAUUAUAUAUUUCGUAGUACUUUUUUCACUUACUUAGCUAACGAAUGCAGCUAGCUAGUUUAGCUUACUCAAACACCCGGCUCAAACAGAGAAGGAUGCUAUGUUAGCUAGCUGGCUAAGGCUAUCCAACGCUGGAACUCUUUAAAGUCGAGGUAACUGUACUACAUGAUUGUAGCGGGUUUACUAACGCGUUAGUUGUAGUAGCUACGUUGACUAUGACAUUAGCUAAUAUGGUGACAACGAUGUAGGCUGUGUGUAGCGCUUAUGGUAUGAAGGUUUUUGCUUGGAGAGGUAUUUGUCGCCUGUUCCCAGACAGCUGUUGUGUUGUGCACUGAAGGCCACAAACAAAAUGAAAGGGUGAGAGGAGCGCGUCGACUCGAGAAGGAAUUAUACAACUGAUGGUGUUUUGUAUGUGGCUGCUAUGAAAGUGAACUGUGUUUGUGUGUGGUCAGGGGUGUAUUCAUUCUGCCGAUUCUGUUAAAAUGUUUCUUAAACGUCUUGUUUGCAAAUCUUUGGACUAAUGAUUACACCCUAGGUCAGCUAGAUCCAGGCAAAGAGUGUGCAAGACGGUAUUGAAUGUGUCACUGUCUGCCACCUUGAUUACUCAAUCAAUCAAUUUUAUUUUAUAUAGCCCUUCGUACAUCAGCUAAUAUCUCGAAGUGCUGUACAGAAACCCAGCCUAAAACCCCAAACAGCUAGUAAUGCAGGUGUAGAAGCACGGUGGCUAGGAAAAACUCCCUAGAAAGGCCAAAACCUAGGAAGAAACCUAGAGAGGAACCAGGCUAUGAGGGGUGGCCAGUCCUCUUCUGGCUGUGCCGGGUGGAGAUUAUAACAGAACCAUGCCAAGAUGACUAGAUUACUAAUACAUUUAUCUUGACCCGUGCACCUACGUUGUAAACUUUCAUUCCUAGUCUAGGUUGUAGCAACCUCAUGAUGGGUACAGGGAACAUUAGAGUAUCAUGUAGUAGCCUAAACCUAUCGAUGUUACAUUGAACUGGGUGAAUGGAAUAUGGAUGACAGUCAUCCAAUAUGCUGUAAAAUAAUUAACUCUCAUGGGAAAAAAAAUAUGUCGUCCUUAAAAAAAUGUCAUCUUAAACGGUACCGAUCGCCACUGUGUUAUGGGUAUGCUCGUAAUCGUUAAGGACUGGGGAGUUUUUCAGGAUAAAAAAGUAACGGAAUGGAGCUAAGCACAGGAAUAAUCCUAGAGGAAAACCUGGUUCAGUCUGCUUUCCACCAGACACUGGGAGAUGAAUUCACCUUUCAGCAGGACAAUAACCUAAAACACAAGGCCAAGUCUACACUGGGGUUGCUUACCAAUGUUCCUUAGUGGCCGAGUUAAAGUUUUGACUUAAAUCUGCUUGAACAUCGAUGGCAAGACAUGAAAUGGUUAAAUACUUAGAUAAUUAAGAUAUUGGUGUUUUUAUUUGUCAUGGAUUUUCUACAAAUUUUAGAAUUUUGUCUUCCACUUUGACAUUACAGAGUAUUUUGUGUAGACCGUUGACAAAAAAAUUACAAUUAAAUCUAUUUGAAUCCCACUUUAUAACACAACAAAAUGUGAAAAAAGUAAAGGGGUGUGAAUACUUUCUGAAGGCACUGUAUUAUAAAAUUGUAAAAAAAAAACGUGAGCUAUUUAAAUACAUGUCGUCAUAAUGCUUUAUCUGACUGUGUUGGUCGUGGUUCUAUCCCCCAGACAGUGAAGGGGAAGACUGAGACGGGAACAUCAGAGAUGUCCAUAUUCAACUCUCUGAUGGAGAGAGGAGACCUGGACUUCAUAGAACAGCUCUGGGUUCGCAUGAGGAACAGUGAGUAGAGUUUAGUACAUUUCAGUAAUAGUAGAGUAGCCUUUUUGUUUUACAGCACUUUGGAGGAAGCUCUACAGUCCUUAUUGACAUUUUGUAAAUGUAAUCCAAUUCCUUAUACGAUUGAUAACACUUUGAUGUGGAAUGUAGAUUAUUGGCUGUUUAAUUCAUCACUGCUUUUUCCAUCACAGGUGUGACUUCAUAUCAAGACAUCGGAGACUGUCUGAAACUGGUCAUCAAAGCUUUGCAGUAUGGUGACAUUAAACCAUGGGUAAGUACAGUGUGUGUGUGUGUCUUCAGAUCCUUUAUCACCUCCAUCCUGGCAUCUCUGCUCUCCGUCUCAUUCCGGAUUGAAUAAAAAAAACCCUCCUGCUGACUUCCCAGUGUAUUCAUGGCCCCUCCUUAUCUCAAAGAACUGCUCAUAACCCCACCGCACCCUCCGUAGCCUGCUCCUCCACGCUCCCAGUACCAAGCUCUGCUCUUUGGGGGAUUGGACUUUCAGCUCAACCGCCCCCAGGCUCUGGAAUGCCCUCCCGGACCACCUGAAGACUCUGGGCUCCUUUAAAACAGGCCUAAAGACCUUUCUCUUUAGGAAGGCAUUCUGUCGAUAGCUGUGUUUCUUGGUGUCCUUGUCCCUUGUAGUGUCAGCUGUGUCGUUGGUGAACAGGGAAUACAGGAGGGGACUAAGCAUGCACCCCUGAGGUGCCCCCGUGUUGAGGGUCAGCAUGGUGGAUGUGUUGUUUCUUACCCUCAGCACCUGGGGGCAGCCCGUCAGGAAGUCCCAGGGUCCUUAGCUUAGUGAUGAGUUUGGAGGGCACCAUGGUGUUGAAAAUAAAAUAACAAUAACGAGGCUAUUUACAGGUGGUACCGGUACAGGUUACCUUGGCGUUCUUGGACACAGGGACUAUGGUGGUCUGCUUGAAACGUGUUGGUAUUACAGAUUGUGUCAGGGAGAGGUUGAAAAUGUAAGUGAAGACACUUGCCAGCUGGUCAAUACGUUUCCUGGUAAUCCGUCUGGCCCUGCGGCCUUGUGAAUGUUAACCUUUUUUAAAGGUCUUACUCACAUCGGCUACGGAGAGCGUGAUCACACAGUCAUCCUGAACAGCUGGUGCUCUCAUGCAUGGUUAAGUGUUGCUCGCCUCGAAGCGAGCUCAGAAGGAAUUUAGCUUGUCUGGUAGGCUUGCGUCACUGGGCAGUUUGCGGCUGGGUUUCCCUUUGUAAUCCGUGAUAGUUUGCAAGCCCUGCCGCAUCCGAAGAGCAUCAGAGCCGGUGUAGUACGAUUCGAUCUUAGUCCUGUAUUGAAGCUUUACCUGUUUGAUGGUUCGUCUGAGGUCAUAGCGGGAUUUCUUGUAAGCGUCCGGAUUAGUGUCCCGCUCCUUGAAAGUGGCAGCUCUAGCCUUUAGCUCAGUGCUGAUGUUGCCUGUAAUCCAUGGCUUCUGGUUGGGGUAUGUACGUACGGUCACUGUGGUGACGACACCGUCAAUGCACUUAUUAAUGAAGCCGGUGACUGAUGUGGUAAACUCCUCAAUGUUAUUGGGUGAAUCCCGGAACAUAUUCCAGUCUGUGCUAGCGGAACAGUCCAGUAUCUUAGCAUCCGUUUCCACAUUGAGCGCGUCACUGCUACUUCCUGUUAGAGUUUUUGCUUGUAAGCAGGAAUCAGGAGGAUAGAGUUAUGGUCAGAUUUGCCAAAUGGAGGGUGAGAGAGAGCUUCAUAUGCAUUUCUGUGUGUGGAGUAAAGGUCAUCUAGGAGUAAAGGUCAUCUAGAGUUUAUUUCGCCUCUAGUUGCGCUGGUAGAAAUGAGGUCAAACGGAUUUCAGUUUCUCCUGCAUUAAAAUCACCGGCCACUAUGCGAGCCGCCUCUGGAUGAGCAUUUUCUCGUUCGCUUUGGGGGCGCUAUACAGCUCCGUUGAGUGUGGAAUUAGUGCCAGCGUCGGUUUGUUGUGGUAAAUGGACAGCUACGAGAAAAAACCGAAUCUUGAUAAACUCUCUUUCUAACUGCUACGUGUCUCUCGUCCUGGUUCUGUAGAUUCACAGAGACAGCGGUAGCUCCCUCAGUAGGUUGAUCCUCCAGUCCUACCACCAUCAGAUGGACUACGUCUCUCUCACAGGCCUCACUCCUGUCCACAUGCUGCUGGAGAUGGGUCUGGACAAGAUGAGGAAGGAUUACAUCAACUACCUCAUAGGUAACACACACACACACACACACACACUCACACACACACCACACAGCCACACACCCACACACUCACCCCCACACACAGCACACGCAACGCACACACACUCACCCACAUUCACACACAAACACACACCAAAAAAACCACACGCAAACACUACACACACACUCACCACUCACACUCACACACCCACACAACACACACCCCCACACACACACACACAACUCACCCACACACACACACCCACACCCACACACCACAACACACCACUCCCACCCCACCACCCACACACACACACACACACACCCCCCACACACACACACACACACCAACCACCCACUCACACAAACCACACCACACACACACACACACAACACACACCACACACACACACCACCCUCACUCACCACUCACCACUCACUCACUCACACACACACCACCCACACACCACACACACACACACCCACGACACACACCACACACCACACACACACACACCCACACCACACACACACACACACACACACACACACACACACACACACACACACACACACACACACACACACACCACACCACACACACACCACACUCACACUCACACACUCACACUCACACUCCACACUCACACUCACACCCAACACCACACCACCACCCUACACUCCACUCACCUCACUCACCACUCACCUCACUCACACCACCACACACACCAACACCACACACACCACCACACACACACCCACACACACCACACACACACACACACACACACACACACACACACACACCACACACACACACCACACACACACACACACACACACACACACACACACACACACACACACACACCCACACACACACACACACACACACACACACACACACACACUCACACUCACACUCACACACACACACACUCACUCACUCACUCACUCACUCACUCACACACUCACACUGCACUCCAAAGAUUAGUGGUUUCGAAUCCCGCAUGGGAUACCUAUAGAUGGUGGUUGUUCGGUUGAAAGUGGACAGUGUACUGUUGUCCAUGACACCACAGACAGGGAUACUGGUGCUCACCGACAGGACCUAGUCUGUUAUUGGGCUUCCUGUGUGAUGGUUCCAGACAAAUGACAUCUAAUUGUUAUCUUACAGUAUUUAAGUUGAUUUACAGUUCAUGUUUUCUUCUCCUCAGGUCAAGAACUGACCACAUUAAACCACCUGGUGAGUCCAAGUUUAUAUUACUUUAUUCAGGAAAUCAUCUCAAACAUUUUAAAAAAUAUUUUAAAACUAGAAUCCUUAUUGAAACAAUAACAUUGGGCAGCAGGUAGCUUAGUGGCUAAGAGCGUUGUGCCAGUAACCGAAUGGUCGCUGGUUCUAAUCCCCGACUCGACUAGGUAAAAAAUCUGUCGAUGUGCCCUUAAGCAAGGCACUUAACCCUAAUUGCUCCUGUAAGUCGCUCUGGAUAAGAGCGUCUGCUAAAUGACUAAAAUGUACUGUCUUUGGUUGAACUAACCUCAUGAGGCAUUUCUAAGUUUAUAUUCUUCAAGAAUCAAUGGGUGUAUAUGUCAAUAAAAAAAUGGAUGCAGCAACUAAGGAUUAAAGAUUUCUAUUGUUCUCCUCCAAUAGAGUUACUACCUGAGUACUGAAGAGGAUCUUCAGGAGCAAGUGAUCAGAGUGAGGAAACUACACCACCUACUGGAGAUCCUGGGGACCUGCAGCACCUUCCUGGGCCUGCCAUACGAUAGACUCUUCCUCCUCACACAGUAAGGCAUGCUAGCCUGUCUGAGAGCGUUGGGCCAGUAACCCAAAGGUCACUGGUUCGAAUCCCCGAGCCUACUAGGUGGGAAAAAAACCUGCCGAUGUGCCCUUGAGCAAGGCACUUAAACCUUAAUUGCUCCUGUAGGUCGCUCUGGCUAUGGAAAAUGUUAAAUGAACAUUUAUUUUUAAGACAAGUCCAUGUAGUCACUCCCUGUAUCUGUCAAUUUUCUUACAUUUGGUGUGUAAUGAACACGACCUCUAUUCAACAUUUAUUCUCUCCGUAACGUUGUAUAGACGUUGGUCAGCUGCUCACUGACGUGUAUAUUAAACCUGUUUUCCCCUCUGCUCUUCCUAGGUUGUGUUUGCAGUACUACAAAACAUGUCCCUAUGACGAGGACCACGAGUUCAAACUGCAGAUCAAACCUGCACUGAUCAGCCACUUCUACCAGAGGUAUGCCUACAGACCACUGGUCCUCAUUGGUCAAAUGUGUCUUUCAUAAGGUUGCAAAAUUCAGUUAACUUUCCCUAAAAUUCCCAGAUUUUCCAGAAAUUCCAAUCAGAAUAUAAAAAAAAAGGAAAUGACAGGAAUUGUGCAACCAUAUGGUGCCUGCUAACUAGUAUGUUAAUUGACUUACUGAUCAUGUAGUAAUUGUAAAGCAGGCGUUGUCCUGGGGUGUCUAGGGUUAGUAAUGUACUGUAUGUAUUAGUAUUUAUUAUGGAUCCCCAUUAGUUCCUGCCAAGGCAGCAGCUACUCUUCCUGGGGUUUAUUAUGGAUCCCCAUUAGUUCCUGCCAAGGCAGCAGCUACUCUUCCUGGGGUUUAUUAUGGAUCCCCAUUAGAUCCUGCCAAGGCAGAAGCUACUCUUCCUGGGGUUUAUUAUGGAUCCCCAUUAGUUCCUGCCAAGGCAGCAGCUACUCUUCCUGGGGUUUAUUAUGGAUCCCCAUUAGUUCCUGCCAAGGCAGCAGCUACUCUUCCUGGGGUUUAUUAUGGAUCCCCAUUAGUUCCUGCCAAGGCAGCAGCUACUCUUCCUGGGGUUUAUUAUGGAUCCCCAUUAGUUCCUGCCAAGGCAGCGGCUACUCUUCCUGGGGUUUAUUAUGGAUCCCCAUUAGUUCCUGCCAAGGCAGCAGCUACUCUUCCUGGGGUUUAUUAUGGAUCCCCAUUAGUUCCUGCCAAGGCAGCAGCUACUCUUCCUGGGGUUUAUUAUGGAUCCCCAUUAGUUCCUGCCAAGGCAGCAGCUACUCUUCCUGGGGUUUAUUAUGGAUCCCCAUUAGUUCCUGCCAAGGCAGCAGCUACUCUUCCUGGGGUUUAUUAUGGAUCCCCAUUAGUUCCUGCCAAGGCAGCAGCUACUCUUCCUGGGGUUUAUUAUGGAUCCCCAUUAGUUCCUGCCAAGGCAGCAGCUACUCUUCCUGGGGUUUAUUAUGGAUCCCCAUUAGUUCCUGCCAAGGCAGCAGCUACUCUUCCUGGGGUUUAUUAUGGAUCCCCAUUAGUUCCUGCCAAGGCAGCAGCUACUCUUCCUGGGGUUUAUUAUGGAUCCCCAUUAGUUCCUGCCAAGGCAGCAGCUACUCUUCUUGGGGUCCAGCAACAUUAAGGCAGUUAUAUAGAAUUAACAAUAUUAAAUGACCUUACAUUUCAUAACUUUUCACAACACAUUAAGUGUGUUCCCUCAGGCCACUACUCUACAAUACAAAAUCCAUGUUAUCGUGUGUCUCUUCACAGUUGUUCCCCCAGAGAGCAGGUGGUGUCCUAUGGUGUGGAGGUGUCUAGGGUUGGGGUUAGUAAUGUAUGAAAGUAGAAAGUAUUCAUGUCCCUCGACUUAUUCCACAUGUUGUUGUGUUACAGCCUGAAUUCAAAAUGGAUUAAAUAUGUUUUUGUUCUCACCCAUCUACACACAGUACCCAAUAAUGACAAAGUGAAAACAUGUUUGAUAUAUUUUUUUGCAAAUUUAUUGAAAAUGAAAUACUGAAAUCUAAUUUACGUAAGUAUUCACACCCCUGAGUCAAUACAUGUUAGAAUCACCUUUGGCAGCGAUUACAGAUGUGAGUCUUUCUGGGUAAGUCUCUAAGAGCUUUGCACAAAGGAUUAUACAAUAUUUGCCCAUUUAUUAUUUUCAAAAUUCUUCAAGAUCUGUCAAAUUGGUUGUUGAUCAUUGCUCUGCAACCAUUUUCAUGUCUUGUCAUACAUGUUCAAGCAGAUUUAAGUCAAAACUGUAACUCGCCCACUCAGGAACAUUCAAUGUCUUCUUGGUGAGCAACUCCAGUGUAUAUUUGGCCUUGUGUUUUAGGUUAUUGUCCUGCUGGAAGGUGAAUUCAUCUCCCAGUGUCUGGUGGAAAGCAGACUGAACCAGGUUUUCCUCCAGGAUUUUGUCUGUGCUUAGCUCCAUUCUGUUUAUUUUUUAUUCUGAAAAACUUAACGAUUACAAGCAUACCCAUAACAUGAUGCAGCCACCACUACGCUUGAAAAUAUGGAGAGUGGUACUCAGUAAUGUGUCAUAACGGAUUUGCCCCAAACAUAACACUUUUAAUUCAGGAGAAAAAGUUAAUUGCUUUGCCACAUGUUUUGCAGUAUUACUUUACGGCCUUGUUGCAAACAGGACGCAUGUUUUGGAAUAUUUUUAUUCUGAACAGGCUUCCUUCUUUUCACUCUGUCAAUUAGGUUUGUGGAGUAACUACAAUGUUGUUGAUCCAUCCUCAGUUUCCUCCUAUCACAGCCAUUAAACUGUAACUGGUUUAAAGUCACCAUCGGCCUCAUGGUGAAAUCCCUGAGCGGUUUCCUUCCUCUGGCAACUUUGUAGUGACUGGGUGUAUUGAUACCACCAUCCAAAGUGUAAUGAAUAACUUCACCAUGCUUAAAGGGAUAUUCAGUGUCUGCUUUUUUUAAAUUUUGACCCGUCUUCCAUGGUCUCUGUGGUUGGAUCUGUAUUUGAAAUUCACUGCUUGACCGAGGGACCUUACAGAUAACUGUAUGUGUGGGGUACAGAGAGUAGUAGGUAGUCAUUCCAAAAUCAUGUUAAAUACUAUUAUUGAACACAGAGUGAAUCCAUGCAAGUUGUUAUGGCCAAGUCACAUAAUAGCUUUUCAUUUGUAAUUUUACUUUAUGGGGUAUUGUGUGUAGGCCAGUGACAAAUCUCAAUUGUAUCCAUUUUAAAUUCAGGCUGUGGAAAAUGUGGAGAAAGUGAAGGGGUUUGAACACUUACUGAAGGCACUGUAUGUAUGUCAUGUGUAUGUUGUUCCCUAUAGGGAGCAGGCGGUGUCUAGCUGUCUGGGUGGGGUUAGUAAUGUAUGUCAUGUGUAUGUUGUUCCCUAUAGGGAGCAGGCGGUGUCUAGCUGUCUGGGUGGGGUUAGUAAUGUAUGUCAUGUGUAUGUUGUUCCCUAUAGGGAGCAGGCGGUGUCCUGGGGGGGUGGAGACGUCUAGCGGUCUGGGUGGGGUUAGUAAUGUAUGUCAUGUGUUUGUUGUUCCCUAUAGGGAGCAGGCGGUGUCCUGGGGGGUGGAAGUGUCGAGUGGUAACGGCCCCAGAGAGGUGAAGACAUCCUGGCAGCUGAGUGAAAAGCCCCUGGUGGAACACAUUGUCUUUGAAACAGGUGAAUUACUAUAGAUGUUAUGUUAUGCUCUAGUCAUACAGGAAAAACAUAAUUUUGACUGCACUGGGCCUUUAAAUAUCUCUGUGUCUUCCACAAGCACACGGGGCGGCAGGUUAAGAGCGUUGUGCCGGUAACCGAAAGGUCGCUGGUUCUAAUCCCCGAGCCGACAAGGGGAAAAAUCUGUCGAUGUGCCCUUGAGCAAGGCACUUAACCCUAAUUGCUCCUGUAAGUCGCUCUGGAUAAGAGCGUCUGCUAAAUGACUAAAAAAAUAAAUAAAUGAACGGUCGCGUCAGCCAUCGAGAAUUGAACCUCUGCGAUUCUUGAGCUUGGACGCUGCUAUUGGAUGUGAUGCAACGCGAGCAGUAUAACCGCUUUCAUUGAUUUCAAAGGAACCAUUCCCUCAAUGAUGGAAAUGGCUGAUGGCUAUAGUGGUCGUUAGUCUCCUGAUGGCUAUAGUGGUCGUUAGUCUCCUGAUGGCUAUAGUGGUCGUUAGUCUCCUGAUGGCUAUAGUGGUCGUUAGUCUCCUGAUGGCUAUAGUGGUCGUUAGUCUCCUGAUGGCUAUAGUGGUCGUUAGUCUCCUGAUGGCUAUAGUGGUCGUUAGUCUCCUGAUGGCUAUAGUGGUCGUUAGUCUCCUGAUGGCUAUAGUGGUCGUUAGUCUCCUGAUGGCUAUAGUGGUCGUUAGUCUCCUGAUGGCUAUAGUGGUCGUUAGUCUCCUGAUGGCUAUAGUGGUCGUUAGUCUCCUGAUGGCUAUAGUGGUCGUUAGUCUCCUGAUGGCUAUAGUGGUCGUUAGUCUCCUGAUGGCUAUAGUGGUCGUUAGUCUCCUGAUGGCUAUAGUGGUCGUUAGUCUCCUGAUGGCUAUAGUGGUCGUUAGUCUCCUGAUGGCUAUAGUGGUCGUUAGUCUCCUGAUGGCUAUAGUGGUCGUUAGUCUCCUGAUGGCUAUAGUGGUCGUUAGUCUCCUGAUGGCUAUAGUGGUCGUUAGUCUCCUGAUGGCUAUAGUGGUCGUUAGUCUCCUGAUGGCUAUAGUGGUCGUUAGUCUCCUGAUGGCUAUAGUGGUCGUUAGUCUCCUGAUGGCUAUAGUGGUCGUUAGUCUCCUGAUGGCUAUAGUGGUCGUUAGUCUCCUGAUGGCUAUAGUGGUCGUUAGUCUCCUGAUGGCUAUAGUGGUCGUUAGUCUCCUGAUGGCUAUAGUGGUCGUUAGUCUCCUGAUGGCUAUAGUGGUCGUUAGUCUCCUGAUGGCUAUAGUGGUCGUUAGUCUCCUGAUGGCUAUAGUGGUCGUUAGUCUCCUGAUGGCUAUAGUGGUCGUUAGUCUCCUGAUGGCUAUAGUGGUCGUUAGUCUCCUGAUGGCUAUAGUGGUCGUUAGUCUCCUGAUGGCUAUAGUGGUCGUUAGUCUCCUGAUGGCUAUAGUGGUCGUUAGUCUCCUGAUGGCUAUAGUGGUCGUUAGUCUCCUGAUGGCUAUAGUGGUCGUUAGUCUCCUGAUGGCUAUAGUGGUCGUUAGUCUCCUGAUGGCUAUAGUGGUCGUUAGUCUCCUGAUGGCUAUAGUGGUCGUUAGUCUCCUGAUGGCUAUAGUGGUCGUUAGUCUCCUGAUGGCUAUAGUGGUCGUUAGUCUCCUGAUGGCUAUAGUGGUCGUUAGUCUCCUGAUGGCUAUAGUGGUCGUUAGUCUCCUGAUGGCUAUAGUGGUCGUUAGUCUCCUGAUGGCUAUAGUGGUCGUUAGUCUCCUGAUGGCUAUAGUGGUCGUUAGUCUCCUGAUGGCUAUAGUGGUCGUUAGUCUCCACAUCCCACAGUCUGUUGACAGAUACCAUUUAUGUUAUGUGCGUCAGUCCAUGAGAUAUUACUCAUGUAUGGAAUAAGCACUUGCAGAUUUCUGUAAUUAAAAGCACUAUAGAAGUUAAAUAAAUUGUUAUGUUAACUUCAACUUAUAAUUGUAUUUCUCUUGAUUCCACCUUUUAUUGUUGUAGCUAAUUCCUUAUUAUGUACAGGGCCUUCAGGAAGUAUUCACACCCCUUGACUUUUUCCAAAUGUUGUUAAAGCCUGAAUUUAAAAUGGAUGACAUUGAGAUGUUGUCACUGAUCUACACACAAUACCCCAUAAUGUCAAAGUGGAAUUAUAUUUUUAGAUAUUUUUACAAAUUAAUAAAAAAGGAAAAGCUGAAAUGUCUUGAGUCAAUAAGUAUUAAACCCCUUUGUUAUGGCAAGCCUAAAUAAGUUCAGGAGUAAAGAUUUGCUUAACAAGUCACAUAAUAAGUUGCAUUGACUCACUCUGUGGGCAAUAAUAGUGUUUAACAUGAUUUUGGAAUGACUACCUCAUCUCUGUACCCCACACAUACAAUUAUCUGUAAUGUCCCUUAGUCGAGAAGUGAAUUUCAAACACAGAUACAAAGACCAGGAAGGUUUUCCAAAGCCUCGCAAAGAAGGGCACCUAUUGGUAGAAAUGGGUAAAAAUGUAAAAAGCAGACAUUGAAUAUCCCUUUGAGCAUGGUGAAGUUAUUAAUUACACUUUGGAUGGUGUAUCAAUACACCCCAGUCACUACAAAGAUACAGGCGUCCUUCCUAACUCAGUUGCCGGAGAGGAAGGAAACUGCUCAGGGAUGUCACCAUGAGGCCAAUGGUGACUUUAAAACAGUUACAGAGUUUAAUGGCUGUGAUAGGAGAAAUCUGAGGAUGGAUCAACAACAAUGUAGUUACUCCACAAUACUAACCUAAAUGACAGCGUGAAAAGAAGGAAGUAUCUACAGAAUAAAAAUAUUCCAAAACAUGCAUCCUGUUUGCGACAAGGCACUAAAUUAAAACAGCAAAAAAAUGUGGCAAAGAAAUGAACUUUUUGUCCUGAACACAGUGUUAUUUUUCGGGCAAAUCCAACACAACAACAUCACUGAGUACCACUCUCCAUAUCUUCAAUCAUAGUGGUGGCUGCAUCAUGUUAUGGGUAUGCUUGUCAUCAGCAAGGACUACAGAAUAUUUACAUUUACAUUUUAGUCAUUUAGCAGACGAUCUUAUCCAGAGCGACUUACAGUUAGUUAGUGCAUACAUUUUUAUUUAUUUUUCAUACUGGAAUCGAACCCACAACCCUGGCGUUGCAAACGCCACGCUCUACCAACUGAGCUACAUCCCUGCCGGCCAUUCCCUCCCCUACCAUGGACGACGCUGGGCCAAUUGUGCGCCGCCCAUGGGUCUCCCGGUCGCGGCCGGCUGCGACAGAGCCUGGACUCGAACCAGGAUCUCUAGUGGCACAGCUAGCACUGCGAUGCAGUGCCUUAGACCACUGCGCCACUCGGGAGGAGAGCUUAGCACAGACAAGAUCCUAGAGGAAAACCUGGGAGACACAUUCACCUUUCAGCAGGACAAUAACCUAAAACACAAGGCCAAAUAUACGCUGGAGUUGGUUACCAAGACGACAUCGAAUGUUCUAAAGUGGCCCAGUUACAGUUUUGACAUAAACCGACAUGAAAAUGUCUGUCUAGCGUUGAUCAACAACCAACUUGACAGAGCUUGAAGAAUUUAAAAAAGAAUAAUGUGCAAAUAUUGUACAAUCCAGGUGUGCAAAGCUCUUAGAGACUUACCCAGGAAGACUCACAGCUGUAAUCGCUGCCAAAGGUGAUUUGAACAUGUAUUGACUCCUGGGUGUGAAUACUUAUGUAUGUAAAUGAGAUAUUUCUGUAUUUCAUUUUCAAUGAAUUUGCUAAAAUUUCAAAAAACAUGUUUUCACUUUGUCAUUAUGGGGUAUUGUGUGUAGCUGGAUGAGAAAAAAAAACACUAUUUAAUUAAUUUUGAAUUCAGGCUGAAACGCAACAAAAUGUGGAAUAAGUCGAGGGGUAUGAAUACUUUCUCAAGGCAAUUGUAUUUUCAGAAUUUUUUUGUGAAGCACGGCUCCCUUGCAAAAUAUGGACUUUCCUGGGAAGUCUUCCCUUUGCAAGUAAAGGUUAAAUGUGUUGCAGACUUCCAUAAUGAGAUGACAGUGAACGGCGAUGGCGAGGAGGCUGCCUAUUUCACCACCAUGGUGUGUUGCAGCCUGGUCAACUUCGCUGCUUAGAUCCAGUAAGUCAAACAUCGCUACAGACAAGUUAAAGUAUGUUUUAAAAGGUUUAUCUUUCAUUGUUUUAAUUUAGAAAAAAACACUUUAAUUAUUUAAUGCUUGAAUUGAAAAUUGAAUAGUCCACGGGUAUACUAACUGUGUGUAAGUAGUACUCAAGUUCGUGAUGUUGUAGAGAAUUGUUGUGUAACAGAGUAUAUUGGGAUAAGUAGAUUCACUUGAUUUACUUUCAAGUAAAUGUUAAUUGUGUUAGUAUUAUCUGGUUGAAUGUGGAUUAGCUGAGUCACACUGGUGGUUGUAGUAGUAAAUCGUUGUGUAGUAGUAGUUACUAGUUGUGUUAGUAGUAUUAAUAUAGUUGUGUGUAUGUCAUGUUUUAGUUGAGUGUUGUAGUAAGAUUCCUUCGUACUAUUUGUGUUAGUAGUGUGUAGAUGCGUCUUAGUUAUUGUAUAGUUGGUGUGUAGUAAGUAGAUCUAUUGGUAAGAGUAUUAGUUAUACUUAUUGUUUAGUAGAUCUAGUUGUAGUAGGAUUGUUGUACUGGGGUUGUUGUGUAGUAGUAGUAGUUGUAGUAGUUGUUAGUAGUACUAGUUGUGUGGUUAGUAGUAGUACUAGUUGUGUAGUAGUAUUAGUAUUACUAGUUGUGUUGUAGUAGUAGAUCUGGUUGUGUAGUAGUACUAGUUGUGUUGUAGUAGUAGAUCUAGUUGUGUAGUAGUACUAGUUUUUGUUGUGUAGUAGUAGAUGGUUGUGUAGUAGUAUUAGUAGUACUAGUUGGGUUGUAGUAGUAGAUCUAGUUGUGUAGUAGUAUUAGUAGUACUAGUUGUGUUGUAGUUAGUAGUAGAUCUAGUUGUGUAGUAGUAGUAGUAGUAGUACUAGUUGUGUUCAGUAGUGUAGUAGAUUAGUAGUAGUACUAGUAUUAGUAGUAACUAGUUGUGGUUCAGUAGUAGUAGUCAGUUGUAGUAGUAGUUAGUAGUACUAGUGUAGUGUAGUAGUAGUAGUAGUGUAGUAGUACUAGUUAGUAGGUGUAGUGUAGUAUUUAGAUCUAGUGUGUAGUAGUAGUAGUAGUACUAGUAGUAGUGUAGUAGUGUAGUGUAGUAGUAGUUAGUAGGUAGUAGUAGCUAGUUGUGUAGAGUAGUUCAGUUAGUAGUAGUAGUCAUUAGUAGUACUAGUGUGUUAGUUAGUAGUUCGUGUGUAGUAGUAGUAGUGUAGUAGUGUUAGUAGGUAGUAGUACUAGUUAGUGUAGUUAGUAGUAGUAUGUACAUUGUUGUGUCUCAGUAGUGUACGUCUAGUUGUGUAGUAGUAUUAGUAGUACUAGUUGUGUUGUAGUAGUAGAUCUGGUUGUGUAGUAGUAUAGUAGUAUAGUGUAGUAGUAGUAGUAGUAGUAGUAGUAGUAGUUGUGUGUUAGUAGUAGUAGUAGCAGUAGUAGUAGUAGUAGUAGCAGUAGCAGUAGUAGUAGAUCUAGUUGUGUAGUAGUAGUAGUAGAUGAUCUAGUAGUAGCAGUAGUAGUAGAUCUAGUUGUGUCUCCGUAGUAGUAGUAGUAGUAGAUCUAGUUGUGUCUCCGUAGCAGGAACAUCAGGAAGACGGCAGAGAGGAGGAUACACAGGGUGCACACCGUGGGGACCACUACCUCUGUUACCAUCUCCAUGUGGCUGGUCAGGGGGUCUGCAACACACAGACAGACCUCAGCACAACAGAUGACCUUAACAUUAAGCAGUUUUAUAAUGCUCAGGACACCACUCAAAGGGCUAAUCAUUUCCCCAAAGUAUCAUCUUAUAUCUUUACAUUUUAGUCAUUUAGCAGACGGGGGGUGGAUCAUAUUAUGAAUGUUUUCUUACCAUGAAUAAGUCUUAGUAUAUUGGCAGCAGUACUCCGCUGUUCCUCUAAUGAAGAGACAGAAACGUUACUGAGAGUUGAACCAAGUAAAGGCACGUUAACCCUUUGAGAACUGUAAUGCCGUGCCGUAUCAAUGCCUAGUGGCUAGUGUCAGCAGCAUCAGCUAGCUAGCAGCUACCAGGAAAUCAUUAGCUGUGAGUCAUUAUAAAGUAUUGUUGUUUGGCAAAGCUGCUUGGCAGCUUUCCCUCUUGAUCUGUAGCAAGUUGAAGCUUGUUCUCACACUAUUUAGUGUAGUAGUCUUUUGAACAGGAUCCAAAGCGUUUUGACUCCUUCCAAUAUCCUAGAAUGGGAAAGAAACGGCCUACUCUUCGACCAACUGAAACGCAUGCAAUUUCCAAUACAGAGAUUAGAUUAUUUAAAAACCGUUGAAUGUUUUAUGCUGCUGCUGGGGUUAAGAGAGGAAAGCAGCUGAUUUAAAUAUGCACAAAGGACCGGUUAAAAGGCUCUCAGAGUUCAACUUCACAUAGCAAGGCAAGCCAGACCCUUAGCCACUAACCCACACAGACACUAUCACACUACAGUACGAUGUCAUCCACAGAGACACGCUGACCCAUGACAAGAUAGAAAUAUACAGUGAUGUAGUAAAGUCAAUAUAUAUACCCUAAUGACUAAACCUCAUCAUGCACUGGCCAGACCUUUGGCAUUUCUGCAUGUUCCUUGGACUGUCUUCUAGCUGGAGGGGCAAACAAAGAAACAUUCUGUUAGUGGUCUUCUAGAUACCUACUCUCUCUCUAGACCAGGGACAAUCCAACCCCGUUCCUGGAGCGCUACCGUCCUGGACCAGGGCCAAUCCAACCCCGUUCCUGGAGCGCUACCCUCCUGGACCAGGGCCGAUCCAACCCCGUUCCUGGAGCGCUACUGUCCUGGACCAGGGCCGAUCCAACCCCGUUCCUGGAAUGUUUUCACUCCAACCCUAAUGUAGCGCAUCUGAUUGUAAUAAUUAGCUGGUUGAGAAGCUGAAUCCGGUUAGUUAAAACUGGGGUUGGAGUGAAAACCUACAGGAGGGUUGCUCUCCAGGAAUCAAACCUCCCUAUACUCAUAAUUAGACUAAUAUAUAUUGAUAAUCGUAAUUUAGAUUUAAUUGAAUUGUAAAAGGAUAAGAAUUGACAAGUGAUUGCAUAACUAAGAACAGUUUGCAUAGCUGCCCCACGAUUGCCAAUAGAAAGUUUAGGCCCUAUUUUUUUUGGUUUAUCACCCAAUCUAGGUAAGUGAUAUUUGAGGCAGAAUCUUUAUUUGUUUGCCCCAGCUAGUCCCUUCUUAUUGAAAAGCAGUUAAAGGGAUGUUUAGUGUGAACUGACCUGCAGCCAGGAGCUGGUUACUGGAGGAGCAGGUCUCAGUGGCCUUCCUCUUCCAAUUCUCUACCUGUAGGAUGGGCUAAGGGUUAAUAUAGAAUACACACUCAUCAUGCUCUAAUAUGUAGAUGAGCUCAAUACAACACUAGAAGAGAGAGAGAACAUCAAAAGCUCUCUCCUAAUUAUGAUUCCAUUCAAUCUUCUAUAACCAAGCGAUCUCCUAUAGAAGCGAGGAGCCAAACCAUCCCGAGCCUCUAGAAAUCUCUCGUAUAGAAGUCCUCUCUUCCCCCCCCCCUCUCUCUCUCCCCACCACCUCUCUCUCUCUCUCUCUCCCCUCCCCCCUCUACUCUCCCUCUCCCCCCCCCCCCCCCCCCCCCCCCCCCCCUCUCUCUCUCUCUCCCCCCUCCACCCUCCUUCUCAAUAUUUCACAGGAUGAUGCCCUCACCUGAAUAUGGAAUGCUCUAUUUCCGACAUAUGACAGUAUAUCCAUUUCUACCGGUAUAACUAUGUACAUUUCCAUGUUUUAUAUUUAAUAUUAACCUCCUG